AUGCUUAGGAGAGAUUUUACAUGUUGGUCACAAUCACCUGGUCACUCAUCAUUAUAUACACCUAAUACAUUCUUUCAUCAUCCAAAAGCAGUUCCCAUUACCAAUGAUAAUCGCUCAGCAGCAUUUCGCUUUGAUUUUGGUUCAACUAUAACAGACAGGGUUAACGAUUUCGAUGAUAUGCCAUCAGUGAGUACUGUUAAUACGGAAUUUUAUGACACAUGUCAACUAAACUUAUCAGAUCAUACGGCAACCCUUAAUAUCAAUGACAAAGAUUCAAUGAUUGUAAUGAAUGGUGGUGGUACAAUGUCACGACAAAUGCCACCAAAUAUUAAUUGUUUAUGUAACAAUCGUUCAUUAAUUUCACAGUUUACUCAUCAUCAACAUCAACAACAACAACAACAUAAUGAACCAUGGAAUUCAGAAAGAUGUUCACCGUAUGGACAAUAUCCAAUGCAAACUUAUGUACAGCAUCCCGUACCAAGUGAGUCCAUGUCAUCGUCACCAAAUUCCGAAACGGAUGUUGAAUAUAGCCAGCCGUCAUCAUUAACAUUACCGGGUCUUACUGGUCCAAUCCAACUUUGGCAGUUUUUGUUGGAGCUUCUAAUGACUGAAUCUACAAAUUCUUGCAUAGCUUGGACAGGUGAUGGAUGGGAAUUUAAAUUAAAUGAUCCUGAUGAGGUUGCACGUAAAUGGGGUAUUCGUAAAAAUAAACCAAAGAUGAAUUAUGAAAAACUUUCACGUGGUCUAAGGUAUUAUUAUGAUAAAAAUAUUAUUCAUAAAACACCCGGUAAACGAUACGUGUAUCGAUUUGUAUGCGAUCUUACCUCGGUACUACAAAUGUCUGCUGAACAAAUUCGCAGAAAAGUGGAGGUGAAACGUGAACUUGAUCAGUGA